CUUGCAGCACUUUCUUGUAGUUUAAUUUUCCUCUUUUUUUUGUUUAUCUUAUUCGUUGAUUAUAAUGGCAUACGGGGGACGGAUGAUAGCGGAUAAGAAAAGUAUUAAGGAGAUGACAGGUGACACCUAUAUCAUCCACAUGUAUACAAAGGAAGGAGCAAUUCUGCAACUUGGAGAGAAGAACAGCAUUGACUUUAAAAAUCCUCGACGGGUUGAAAAAGAAAUUACUAAUUUGAAAAGACAAAUGGAGGAACUGACCCGAUAUACAAGAUCCCAUCUUUCUCUGAGGAAACGAAGCAAUGAUCGUGUGGAUGUUAAUGUCACCACUGGCAACAGCAAGGCCAAGCGUGAUGGCGAUGGUAACUAUAGUAAUGAGGAAUGGAGGGAUGGCGACGGUAACUAUAGUAAUGGGAAAUGGAGGAAUCACUAUAGACAUGAGAAAUCUGAGAAUGGUGACUAUAGUAAUGAUGAAGUCGAUAGUAAUGAUGAAGUCCAUGAUGAAUGGAGGAAUUACAAUGGUAACUAUAGUAAUGGGAAAUGGAGGAAUCACUAUAGACAUGAGAAAUCUGAGAAUGGUGACUAUAGUAAUGAUGAAGUCGAUAGUAAUGAUGAAGACCAUGAUGAAUGGAGGAAUUACAAUGGUAACUAUAGUAAUGAGGAAUGGCGGAACUACGAUGGUAACUAUAGUAAUGAGGAAUGGAGGAAUGACGAUGGUAACUAUAGUAAUCAGGAAUGGAGGAAUGACUAUGAUAGCGAUGAUGAUGAUGAAGACGACUAUGGUUCUCAUUGCGAAAUGUCACGUACCAGCAAUGGUAACUAUAGUAAUGAGGAAUGGCGGAAUUACGAUGGUAACUAUAGUAAUGAAGAAUGGAGGAAUGACGAUGGUAACUAUAGUAAUGAGGAAUGGAGGAAUGACUAUGAUAGCGAUGAUGAUGAUGAAGACGACUAUGGUUCUCAUUGCGAAAUGUCACGUACCAGCAAUGGUAACUAUAGUAAUGAGGAAUGGCGGAAUUACGAUGGUAACUAUAGUAAUGAAGAAUGGAGGAAUGACGAUGGUAACUAUAGUAAUGAGGAAUGGAGGAAUGACUAUGAUAGCGAUGAUGAUGAUGAAUACGAUUAUGGUUCUCAUUGCGAAAUGUCACGUACCAGCAAUCGUCGCUACGACCUAAUACCACGCCAAUACUACCCCUAAUACCCUAUAUACUACAUAAUGAUUCAAAAUGGACAUAUUAACAGGGUUAUAUGCAAAAUGGUUAUGUAAAAGCAUGUUAAUACUGACAAUCAGAUGGAUUUACAAUUUCUAGAUUAACCUUACCAUUUAAAAUGGAAUGACUAACUAUAGGCCUGUUAACAAUGGAAUUACUAACAAUAGAUGGAUUUACCAAAGGUUGACUAACGACAAUAUAUAGAAAUAUAAUCGUUAACAUGGUCACUAUUAUUGCAACUAUUGAGGCAAUGCUGACGUCCCAGUUCUUUGAGAACUUUGACAUUUUUCUACUUACUUUAAUGUCCGUUUCUAGUUCUAUUUUGUUUGCUGAUGUUUUACUUUAAUUUCAGUCAAGUCCAAUGCUUCUUUUUCUUUUUCCAUGUCUAGUUCAAAUUGCAUUUCUAGUUCAAAUUCUUGUUCCUUUUGUGUUUCCGCCAUUGUUUCCAGCACAGCAAGCAUUAGUACUUCCUUUAUCCGUGCCGACGACAACGUCGAUGUUGGUGAAUUACUAGUGCGAAAACUUGGUACUGGGGUUUUAUUUAUACUAAACCAUUCACUAUCACUUUGUUUGGACGUUUCUAUAUAGUUAUUUCUCUCGGUGAAAUACUAUUCAUUAUAGGCUGCAAUGGCUGCAUCAUCUAUAGUAUUACAAUAUUCGUCGUAACAGUUUAAAUAUUCUUCAAAUUUGUUUUCCACAAACUGCGUUUUUGUCUAAUUAACAAGCGAUCGGCACUACUUGUCAACUUUUCAUUUAAAGGACAAUAUUGGUGUCAGUCAUUAUGUGAUAGAACUGGUUAAACA